AUGAGCCCCAUCGCACUCACAGAGACUGACCACCGCGUACCAGCCAAGCUGGCGCCAUGGGUAGAGCCUCCCGUGACUGCCGAGAAUCUCCCGUGGGCUGACCUGGAAUCCAUCGACCUCCGCCUGCUCGACCGCCAGGAUCCCGCGGUUCGAGCCCAGCUCGUCGCCAGCGCCAAGAAGGCCCUCACAGUUGACGGCUUCCUCUUUGUCACUGGUACCGGCGUCACGGACGAGACCCUUCGGCGCAAUCUCGCUAUCGCCCAAUAUGCCAUUUCGGGCAUUCCUAGCGGUGACAAGGCCCCGUUCGCCGCCAAGCUGGAAGAUGGGUCGUACAAGGGGUACAAGCUGCGAGGAAUCUGCAAGAAGGAGGGCGGCGUACCGGACAAUCUCGAGCACUACAACCUGGAAUCAUCCUCUUUCGAGUCGCCCGAGGGACAACAUCCUCCUCAACUCCUCCCUUACCUCCCCGAGAUCCGAGCCUUUGCCGAGCACACCUACUAUCAUACUGGAGCUCUCGGCGCGGCGUGUCAGCGGUUUAUGGGGUACUUCCCCCGUACGAAGGAGGAUGAGGCGGCUACUGAGGGGAUCUGGAGCAAGGGACAUACAGACUACAACAGCAUCUCCCUGCUUUAUUCGCAGCCCAUCACGGCCCUGCAGAUUUUGACCAACGACGACGAGUGGCGCUGGGUCAAGCAUGUUCAAGGUGCAGUCGUGGUCAACACCGCCGAUGCACUCCAGUUCCUUACCUGCGGUCUCUUCAAAGCCACUCGACACCGCGUCAUGCGCCCGCCGAAUGACCAAGCCGACAUCAUCCGGUACAUCCUCAUGUACUUUGCCCGUGUGCACCGAGACCUCCCUCUCAACCCUAUCUGGGACUCACCCCUUGUCGCGAAGCUCGGCAAGAACGCUUUCCAAGACCGCAUCGAUGCCGGGGGUCAAGCUCCGACGCAGGAUGAGUGGCUCCGCGAGCGCAUCAAGCGGACCGGGAACGAGCUUUACGAUCAAACGCGAAGCAGAAGAACGGCAAGGUGGUGGAGGACAUCAUGGGUCACAAAGUAG